AUGGAUGAAAUGGAAGUAUCUAUUGAUGAACCUCUGAUCCAUGAYAUUACCGAGCAGGCWCMAAUUACAUUYGAGAAAAUUAAGGAAUCCUCCGAGCRCGGGAGAGAGCUACUUGUUGAUUCAAUGGGAUACCGUUAUGGAKUUYWAAGGCGUUUUAAGACCACCACCCAUUGGAYGUGUACCAUUCGGCYAAAGMACAACCCUUGUCGAGCUWAAGUCAUUGAAUCAUCGUCUGGUUCCUUCACCCUCGGCGUCCAAGCCCACAACCACCCUGGUACUCCUGGUUUUGCUUUGGUGUCCAAAAUUAAAAAGAAAGUUAAAGAUGCUGCCGUCGAAGAUGUCUUCAAACCAGCUUCUACGAUCAUUGAAGAGGUAUAUCUCGAAGAAGUCGAAGAUGCGACAGCACCUUCUUUGCCCAAACCGGACUUGUUGGCCCGCACAGCGAAUCGGCUACGUCAACGACUACGGCCUCGUGAUCCAAAAGAUCUGCAGUUUGAAKUAGAAGAAGGUCAUAUUCCUGCUGGUUUCUUCAGAGGUGAUGUCCACGCCUGCGAAAGAUGUCACUUGAUUUUUGCCACGAACAAACAACUUCAAAACCUUGCCAAGGCCAAGACAUGGUUCAUAGACGGUACUUUCAAGCUCGUAAGAAAGCCCUUCAGUCAGCUAGUUACCAUCAACGCCUUUGAUGGAGAAGGUAGAAACAUAAAGCAAGUGCCUUUGGUCUUCGUCCUUAUGUCAGGAAAGAAGAAAAAGGAUUAUAAGAAGGUUUUGCAGAAAAUUCUUGAAGUUCUACCUCAUCAGCACCGAGUAAAGAAAAUCGUUAUCGACUUUGAAACGGCAAUGUGGAGUACGAUUCGCGACCUCCUCCCGGCUACGCAGAUAAUGGGCUGUCAUUUCCACUGGACUCAAGCUGUAUGGAGAAAAGUGCAAGCUUUUGGUCUCCAGCAGCAAUAUCAAAGAGACMACGGUACCUGGCAAUUCAUCGGACGACUCAUGGCACUACCAUUCCUGCCCGCCACAGAAAUACGCCCACAGUUUGAACGCCUCCAACGGAAAGCAACAGCUGCCCUACAGCCUUUGGUGGAGUACAUCAACGAGACCUGGAUUAUGAACAACACCUGGCCACCCUCGUCCUGGUCUGUUUACAAACAAGCAGUCCGUACAAACAACGAUUUAGAAGGCUGGCACAAUGCCCUAAAUAGACAAGCACAUGGAAAGACAAAUCUCCCUUUCUACUUACUAGUCAAGCUUCUUCACAGAGAAGCAUGCCUCGUUUCACUACAGAUGAGAGUGGUGUCCGAAAAGAAGUUCAAAAGAGUCCAGAGGCGGAAAUUCCGUCAAAUCCAAGAAAAGAUUUUCUCAAACUGGGCAGCAUACUGA